GAUCAUUUGCGUCCGACAUUAUUAGCGAAAAUGGCGGAAGCAAAGUCACGUCGCGUCGCGCAAACAGAAGAUUUAUCAAAUGUUGAAUUCGAAACCAGUGAAGAUGUGGAAGUCAUCCCCACGUUUGAUAAUAUGGGCCUCAGAGAUGAAUUGUUGCGGGGGAUUUACGCUUACGGUUUCGAGAAACCGUCGGCUAUUCAACAGCGAUCUAUCAAACCUAUAAUGAAAGGACGAGAUGUAAUCGCACAAGCUCAGUCUGGUACAGGAAAAACUGCAACGUUCUCGAUUGCUAUAUUACAAUCUUUGGAUACACAAGUCAGAGAAACCCAAGUAUUAGUAUUAUCUCCAACCAGAGAAUUGGCAACACAAAUACAGAAAGUUAUUCUGGCAUUGGGAGAUUUUAUGAAUGUUCAGUGUCAUGCCUGCAUUGGAGGCACUAAUCUUGGAGAGGAUAUCAGAAAACUAGAUUAUGGACAACAUGUUGUAUCCGGCACACCUGGCAGAGUAUUUGACAUGAUAAAAAGAAGAGUUCUCAGAACUAGAGCCAUAAAAAUGUUAGUUCUUGAUGAAUCAGAUGAAAUGUUAAAUAAAGGUUUCAAGGAACAGAUUUAUGAUGUGUACAGAUACCUCCCUCCAGCAACACAAGUUGUACUGGUAUCUGCAACAUUACCACAUGAAAUUCUUGAGAUGACAAGUAAAUUUAUGACUGAUCCCAUUCGUAUUCUUGUCAAACGCGAUGAACUGACUUUGGAAGGAAUAAAGCAAUUCUUUGUAGCAGUUGAAAGGGAAGAAUGGAAGUUUGAUACGUUAUGUGAUUUGUAUGAUACACUGACAAUAACACAAGCUGUAAUUUUCUGUAAUACUAAACGUAAAGUAGAUUGGUUGACUGAGAAAAUGAGGGAGGCUAAUUUCACAGUUUGUUCUAUGCAUGGUGAUAUGCCACAAAAGGAAAGAGAUAACAUAAUGAAAGAGUUUAGGUCUGGUCAAAGUCGCGUUUUGAUCACAACCGAUGUCUGGGCGAGAGGAAUAGACGUGCAACAAGUAUCCCUUGUAAUCAAUUACGAUCUGCCCAAUAAUCGUGAGUUAUACAUUCAUAGAAUAGGCCGUUCCGGUCGUUUCGGAAGGAAAGGUGUCUCUAUUAAUUUUGUCAAAACCGACGACAUAAGGAUUCUUCGAGAUAUAGAACAAUAUUAUUCAACGCAAAUUGACGAGAUGCCCAUGAAUGUAGCGGAUUUAAUAUAAUCUUAAGAUUCACGAUUUUAUUAAAUAAGAAUUUAUGUGAAAAAGUUAAUUUUAUUCUAAUAUCACAAAAUUAUGUUUUCCAUGCAUCUUUUUUGUUGGAAAGGAUAUGAGAGAUUUCUUAAAGGUGAUAUUUUUAAAGGAGUAUAUCGCUUUUAAAGAUUGUAAAGUUAGUCACGUUUACACGUUUUCAGUUUCUAAAAAUACUGUGAAAUGUAACAGUAUCGAUAAGACAGUCGAUCGACAUUGUAGAAUGUAACAAACUUCUAACAGAGAUAUAAGAAUAAAUGACAAGCGGAGAAAUAAAUACUUACUUUGUACCU